AUGGCGGAUUCUGUUCAUCCAGAAAUCGUCGUGGAAAAAUCUAACAGCUUUGGUACGCCAGCCUUUGCCGUCGCCAUCCCUGGGAUGGUAUUGUUGGCAGGCUUGGCGUUUGCUGUUUACUGGUUUUACAAUCUUUCAAGAUCUCAAGAUCGCCAUUUGGCAGACGACAUGGAAAUGACUGAUGAAGACCUCGAAGAUGACGAAGUGGACCUGGACGAAGAAGCUGGACUGGAAGACAGUCUGGAUAUGGAAGAUCUCUAUGACACCGACGAUGACUCAAAUACUGACCUAGACGAAGAAGCUGGACUGGAAGACAGUCUGGAUAUGGAAGAACUCUGUGACACAGAUGAUGACUCAAUUACUGACCUAGACGAAGUAGCUGGACUGGAAGACGGUCUAGAUACGGAAUUUCUCGGAAAGACUGACGAAGAAGCUAGUAGACUGGAGGACAGUCUAGUUAUGGAACUAUUCGAAGAUGCUGAGGAAACUGAGGAGGAGGAGGAAGGUCUAGAUACAGAAUUUCUCGAAAAGACUGACGAAGAAUCUAGACUGGAGGACAAUCUAAUUAUGGAACUAUUCGAGGACACUGAGGAAACUGAGGAGGAGGAGGAGGAGGAGGAGGAGGAAUGCAUGCAGGAGCCUUGUCUAGAAGUCUACUUGUUGAGACAAGGUCUAGAACAGAUGGAAGAAGAAAAGAUGGACUUAGAGAAAGACCUGGAUAACUGUAAAGAUCUUGCACGUAAAAUGGAAAACCUCUGGAUGGGAGCUCAGCAAGAAAUCGAACUGCUUCGACGUCAGCUAGUGGAGAAAGAUCUACUGCUGGAAAAGAGAGCACAGGAGGAAAAUGAAAUGAACGCCAGAGGUAGAAAAAUCGAGAAUCUGCUUCAGCGAAAUGAAAAACUUUUAGAUGAAAAUCGGCAGUUGGAAACGGACUUAAAACUCGCUUUAGCUGAAGUACAGAAGAUGGAAGAGGUCGGCAGAGAACAGCAGGAGAAAAUAGUGGCACUGGAGAGUCACCUACAGGAGAGAGCCGAGGAGGAAAGCGAGGUGGGAAGGCUCCUCCAACAGAAGAUGGCUGAGAAAGAAAGAGAGUUGGAGCACACUGUGCAGGAGAGAGCAGAACUCAGCCGCAAAUUAAAAGAAAGUGAAAAUCUCAACCAAUUGCUUGACCUGGAGAAUGAAGACUUCUGUAGGCAGAAUGAAGCAUUGAGGAAUGUUUUAGAUGAGAAAGAAAGAGACCUGGAGUGUUCUGUACAGGAGGGAGCAGAACUCUGCCGCAAAUUAAAGGAGACUGAAAAUCUGGGAAGGCUCUUCCAACAGAAGAUGGCUGAGAAAGAAAGAGAGUUGGAGCACACUGUGCAGGAGAGAGCAGAACUCAGCCUCAAACUGAAAGAAAAUGAAAAUGUCAUUCAGUUGCUUCACCUGAAGAAUGAAGACUUCUGUAGGCUGAAUGAAGCAUUAAGAAAUGUUUUAGAUGAGAAGGAGAAGGAAGCAGAGCUGCUGAAAGGAUCCCUCGCCACUAAAACCAAGGAAUUGGAGGAAGCUCAAGAGGAACAAGAAAUAAUGAAAAAACGACUGGAAGAAACCAAACAGGAUAAUGUGACACUCCGAGAUAACUUGGAAAUUGCUCUGAGUCAAGAACAGUGCUACCAGCGCUUGCUAGAGUGUCAGGAAGAAGACAUCUUGUCCUUGAGGAAGAAGGAGAGUGAAGCCCAGUUGGAAGUGCAGCGACUUCUCAAGGAUUGCGAAGAGCUGAAAGAUGAGUGCCAAACACAGAAGGAAAAUAGGAUGAGAGACGAGAAGUGCUUCAGAGAGCAGCUACGAAUACAGGAGGAAGCUUUGAGAGAACAUGACAAAUACAUGUUAAUGAUGCUCCUCCAUGGAACCGCUCAGAGGAAUUUCCAACUGGAACACAUUGCGCUAGAACACGAGCAUGAAACUGUAGACGACACGAGUGAAAGCGAGAAGCUGGAAAAGUGUGCUGAAAGAACAGGAAGGAUAGAUGAAGGGAGAGAACAAGACCCUUGUGAAAAGGCGCACAAGGGAGAAGAGAAACAACAUAGGGAGUUCUGCAACGCCCAGCAGGAGAUGAACGAGGAUUACAGGGAACAGUGGGAGGGCCUGAAGCACAUAUUGGAAGACAGUCAUUAA